AAUGGAAAAGCCAAACAACUCAUCUGUCGACUCAAAUAAGACGCUUCAUUGAGUUUAAGCAUUUGUUUUAGCAAACAGAAAAAAAAAACAAAGGAAAAGCUUUAGUGCGAAACAAUCUACAGCAAAUCACGAUCAAGUUUGACAGAAAGCUCAAAGGAAUAAUCAAGAUUACGAAUUGAAAUAUUUUAGAAUAGAAACUCCACAGAAUGUUACGCAAUACUCCUUUUGGUGGCACGCCCACAUAUAAAUUGAUAUUGGGCCUGGGACUCUGUUCCCUGGGAGGUGCUAUGCUGUAUGCGUACUUUAAGAAUCGCAGCGAUGAGGAGGAACAAGACGAGGCUAGGAAUCGGAUAGAACUGGAGCAGCAGCAGCAGCAGCAGCAGAGUACAAAGGAAAUUGUAUUGAAAAUCGUAGUGGAUAACGAGCAUGUGCCGCUGAUUAUGGGACGCGGCGGAGCCAAUAUAAAGCUGAUGGAGGAAAAGACCUCGGCCAAGAUAAGAUUACGGGACAAGGAUAGUGAACACAAAUAUUGCGACAUUAGCGGCGUACCAGACGCCGUAAAGGCAGCCCGUGUGAUGCUUAUACGCGAAAUCGAGCGUGCACCCAUUGUCAAAGUGGAGCUGCAAGUGUCACAGCGGCUGGCUAGCAAACUGUACGGACGGGGCGCCGAGAUUAUCCAGGACAUUGGCCGCAAUUCGUUGGCCAAGAUUACUAUCGAUCCGAAUGGACGGAAUGGCAAGGCCAAGAUCACAAUUGUGGGCAAUCAGAAGCAGGUGAAUAUUGCCCGCAAACUACUAGACGAUCAGAUCGAAGAGGAUGAAGAGCUUCUGCGCUCCGUGGAGGAGGUGGAGCAGCGCCGUGAACCACGCCGUUCGCCCACCAAUAGCAUAGCCUCCAGCAUAUACUCCUCGCAGACAUCGCUCAGCUCCAUGCAGCCGCGUGACAAACUGAUGGCUGCCCGUGGCGAUGACAAGCCCAUGGAGGUGUAUGUCUCCGCUGUGGCCUCGCCCACUAAAUUCUGGGUGCAGCUGGUGGGCCCGCAGUCGAAGAAACUCGAUGACAUGGUCAAGGAGAUGACCAACUACUAUAGCAGUUCGGAAAACCGAGCCAAACAUAUCCUGACAGCCCCCUAUGUGGGCCAGAUUGUGGCCGCUGUGUUUAAGUUUGAUCAGAAAUGGUAUCGUGCCGAGAUUGUCGACAUUAUGCCCAAUCAAUACAAUCCCCAAGAGCAGGUGAUUGAUCUUUAUUUUGUGGAUUAUGGAGAUAGCGAGUAUAUCUCCCCAGCAGAUGUCUGUGAGCUGCGCACGGAUUUCCUAACACUCAGAUUCCAAGCGGUGGAAUGCUUUUUGGCCAAUGUCAAGUCCACCAUUAGCAAUGAGCCAAAUACAUGGCAAAAAUCAUCGAUAGCAAAGUUUGAGGAGAUGACAGAGGUGGCCCACUGGCGUAAGCUAAUAGCCCGCGUCGUUACCUACAAGGAGCGUCCCAAGGUGACGGCUGGAGUGAAUGCAGCCACCCGUGAGGGCACACCAUUGCCAGGAGUAGAGCUGUUCGAUCCCGCAGAGGGAGCUGAUUUAAACAUAGGUGACUUGAUGAUCGCGCAUGGCUUUGCUCUGCCCCUAGAUGAUGCAUAUCCGGUGCGUUCAAGUUCCAGCACGCCCUCAAAUCAAAGUGAUUCAACGAUUGAGGAGUUGGGUGCCAGUACAACGCCCGUGACGCCGCUCUCACCCAUGUCGAUGUCAAUUACAAACGAUGCCGAUAGCAUCUCCACCACAGCGGCGGAAGAUACACAUUUCGCCCAGCAGCUUGAGCACCUGCAACACAAACUGAAUGGCAAUGACAUGGCCAGCAUAAAUCCUAUCAAACUUACGGCGACAGACUAUCAGAAUGGCAAUAAUAACAAUUCGCCCACCACAAACGGGAAUGCAAUGCACUAGUUAUCCUCGCUUAAUUGUUAAUUGUUUCGGGGCAGCUCUCACUACUUGACGUGUACAUAAUGCUUAGAUUUUAAGGAAAGACUUAAACUAUAGGUACGAAGAAAUUGUUUAUUUUAUCGCCCCGAAAGCGUGGGCUGUCUUCUCGACAUAUCCUAGACUUGACUCUGACGAUAAUUUAUAUAUAUAUAUACGUCGUGGACUGGCACAAAUCCUUAAUUGUUUAUAGAUAUGAACCAUAUGCCAUGUUACUUAUUGUUUUAGCAAUAGACAGAACAAAAUUUGUAAAAAUACACAAGAAACAAACACAAAUGUAUAAAA